AUGCAAGGCGUUAUUACUGUCACACGUUGGAUAUUAGCAAUAUGUUUAUUUAUUGGUGGCAUACUUCACAUUGAUAUAUUUUCAAUUAUCUAUGUUCUACUUUUUUUAACGAUACCUUGGGCGUUUAUUCGUUCAACGGUUACUCGUUUACGAUUCUUUUUCAUUUUAGCUCUGAUUGCUUGUAUCACCAGUGGUGUUUUUCUCUUGAUUAUCGGUAGUCUACAUAUUUUUUCUAUGACAAACAAAGGAAAAUAUAUAUUUCAUAUGGAAUGUUCUUUAAACAUGAGAAUUUUACAACACUUCGGAUUUAUACUAUGGACACAUACAGCAAACAAAGUCUUAUUUGUAUCAUCACGAAUCGUAGACGUGAUGAUUCUUUGCAGUAGUUUGAUUAUUCUAAUCAAUUCUAAUCGAGCAGUCAAACAAGAAGAUCAUCGUAAUAAAUUAUCUAAGUUGUGCGAAAAGACAACACUACAAACAAGAUUGUCCAAUCAUUUUCACUCAGUACCAUUGCGUAUUCGACCAAUAUUUAUCUAUUUUCGUUCUCUUUUAUUACUAAGUGUUAUUCAUUCUUGCGGUUGUCUUGUUCCAUCAAUAUUAUCAGCUUUCUAUUUUCUUGUAUGUCUCGGUCUCGCACUAUGGUGGGCAUUGGGCAAACAUUUUGCACGAGCAUACCUAUGGAUUAUCCGUUCAUUACAAAUAUAUUCCCUUGCUCAUCUUUUAAGUGUCUAUGUCUUUCAAUUGCCAUUCGUUGAACCGUAUUUAUUAAAAACAAAUAUACAAAUAGUACGACUAUUUGGUUUAAGAUUCCUAUACAAACGCUCAUGUUUUACUCAUCAAAAUGAUAUAAAACAUAAUUGGAUUGUUUAUUUACAUCCAUUUAUUAUUCUAACACUUUAUUGGAUAAGUAUUUAUGAAUAUUAUCUAACAAGAAAAUAUCAACAACGACUAAAAGCUUUUCUAAUGGAAUCGAGCUUAACACAAAAUAAUUCUCAAAUGACAUCAAUAGAAAUAUCGACCGAAACAAGACAGCCCGAUAGAUUUCAUUUUCAUACAAUAACAGAUUUAUUUUGGCUUGCACCAUCCAAAGAUAUUCUAAAUGAAAUAAAACUAAAUCAUUCCGAUGAAAAUCUUUUCUAUAAAACAAAUUCUCUUCUUAUUGCCUUACUUUCACAUAUAUUAAGUAAAGCAUAUAUACUUUCAGUCAUAUCAAUGCUUCUUUGGUCAAUAACUUAUCAUUCAUAUUUAACAUUAAUUUACCUUAUUUUAGCUUGUUUUCUUUGGUUAUUACCCAAUACGAAAUAUUGGUGUCAUUUCUUUUCAAUAUUCUUUUGUACAUAUGCAUAUAUCUUGUUAAUCAUUAAUUAUAUUGAUGUAUUAAAUAUAAUUCCCGAGGAAUUUUUAUGGCGAAUACAAGACAUCGAAUUUCUUCAUGUAAAUGAUGAAAAUUUAAAUGAUGUAUCAAUAUCAAUAUAUAUCAAGUGUACUAUGAAAUUUAUUUAUACGCUUUUACUUUUACUUCCACUUCGACAAAAAACAAAAGAAAAUGUUUCAUCUUCUUCAAUAAACUUGUAUGAACAUAUUGAAUUAAUUCCACCAGUUCGUUACGUUUAUAAAUCACCGAUAAAUCAUUCUGUUUCACGUUUGAAUCAAAUAUUUAUCUACAUUAAAUCUCAAUGGUCAUCAGUUCACUACGAAAUCUAUUAUCUAUUUUACAUGGGAUAUGCUCGUAUAUGGCUUUUUAAUUUAUUUUUCCAUUGGUCUCGUUUAUUGAUUAUAAUUCUUGUCUUUAUAUUAAGUUCAUGUACAGACUCGUUACCAGUUAUUUAUCGCAUUGUUUAUAUGGGAUUUUUUCUUCAAUAUCAUUUAUGUUAUUCAAUAAGUAAAAAAUUAUGGAAUAUAUAUUUAUUUCCAUUUUAUCUAACGCUUGUUAUUUAUUCAAUGAUUGUUCUAUUUACAAUAUAUAUUUAUCAAUUUGAUGACUUGAAAAUAAUAAAAUCAAGCAUUUGUUUGACAUAUAUAAGAUGUGAAUCACUAUUAUUAUCAUUGGGCAUACGCCAUGUAGAUAAUAAUAGAUUCAUUAGAGGACUGUUUACACCAACAAUAUUUAUUAUAUGUAUUGUUAUACAUAUAAAUUUUUUUCAUCGGCAUAACGCUUUGAAUUCGGCAAUAAAUAUGAAAGAAAUCUCAUCAAUUAAAAUUUUUCAUUUAAUUCUAUGGUUUGAUAAUCGAUUUAAAAGAGUUCGAAAAAUGCUUUGGUGCUUAUGUGAAUUGUAUAUUUAUAAAAUACUGUUAUUAAUGAUAUGUUUUUGUUUAAGUACACAAACGAAUAUAUGUUUCACAAACUUUAUUCUAGUGUUCAUUUUUGUUAUUUCGCUUUUUUCUUCUAUAUUACAAAGUCUUGCGCUUGGUAUUUAUGCACUUGUGUCAACAAUAAAUAUUUUAAUGAUUAUGAUUAUACGAUCGGAAUUAUUUUCUUCAUUAGGAUAUAUAAAUAAUGUUUGUUUACCAUCAUCUUCAAAUUCAUCUAAUUUACCGCAUAUACAUGUAAAUGAUUCAAAACAUUUAAUUGCACCACUUCAAUGGUUUGGUUUAUGGACAAUAUCUACAAUAAAUACAACUGUUACUCAAUUGAUAACACCAUAUUUAUGUGUGAUACUGGGAGUAGCUGUUCUUCAAUUAGUACGCCGUCAUAAAUCCUUGUCAUUAAGUGAUUUAUUACAUAGUACACAAAUCUGUCCUUUCCCAAAUGUGAAUAUACAAUCAAUGAAUGAUUCAACAUGGAAUACAAUUAAAUAUCUAUGUAAUUAUGGUUCGUACAGAUUUGGCCUUGAAUUGACUUUUUUUGCUUCGUUAUGUUUAAUAAUUAUUCGGAUGGAUGCUGUUGCACUUAUUCAUGCAGUUCUUCUUCUUGUUUGUAUUCUUCUACCAAGACAAUAUGUGAGAAGAUUUUGGAAAUUAUAUCGAAUAUAUGCAUCAGCAUCAGCUGUAUGGCUAUACUUUAAUGUUCUUGGUUUUCCACCAAUACUGUGUUUAAACAGCAUAGCUGAUUAUUCAAUAUCAACUUGGUUUCAUACACAAAUUUGGUCUCGAAUAAAAGCUUACCUAUAUCUUUCAGCUGAUUUCGAAUGGCGACCACUUUCAGAACAUUUAUUCUUCGAUUUAUCGUUACUUAUCAUUCUUGCUAUACAAGAAAAUAAUUUUAAAUUGGAACAUCAACAAACCAGUGUGAAUGAAAUGGGCAGUAAUGAAGAUGGAAAAUCAACUUCAUAUCAUUCUAAUAUCAUUCAUGAUUUUAUUACAAAUAUUAAACUGUCAUGGGGCAAUCGUUUUGCUUCAUAUUUCUAUUGUUAUGUUUAUUGGUUCAUUAUUGCUUAUCUCUAUAUAAUAGCCACAUAUCAACAAUCUUUAUUCUAUUUAUUGAUAUUAUUUAACUGUUUUUUUCUUUUUUGGCAUGGACAAACAUUUCUACAGCGUUCAUUUAAUCAACAGAACUCAUUUUUACGUUUACUUAUUCUUUCGUUACUUUCACUUUUUCUUUCACAUCUAUUCAUGCAACCGUUAUCAUGCAUUGUUAUGUAUUAUGCAUCAAUUGAACACCGUUGUUUUCUAAUUCAUUAUUUUCAUGUUCCGUGUUCAAUUAAAUUGUUUCGGCAAUUUUAUGCAGAUGACUGUCGAAUAAAAAUUUCUUCAACAAAUAUUCUAGAAGAACAGAAUGAAAAUCAAUAUAGACCGCGAUACUGUAAAGAAUAUUUUCAUAAUGAUUCAAUGGCAAUAAUCUAUACACAAAAUGCGUUUUAUUGCCAAUCAGAAUACAAUCGGUUGAUUUUCGAUGCCAUCGGAUUUCUGCUGGUUUUAUUUUUUAUUCGUCUACUUCAUUCCUAUUCAUUCUUUUAUGUGCGGUUGGAACUUCAAGUGCAAGCAGAACUAUCGCAGAUGGGUGCAUCAUUAUUAUCUCAAUUAAAUUGGCUUAAACUAAUUGAAUAUCAACAAAAAACAGCCGACGAAUUAGAAAAUAUUAAAGCAAGAGUUGCACAAAUUCGACACAGACGUGUGAGGUUUAUACAAAUAUUAAAUUUUUAA